UGAAGCCUCAUGCUGUAGUAAUCCCAUACCCAUAGCCCCAGUGCUAAAAUUGGGUGCUAAAAUUGGCCAAACUUCUUCACUACAAGGGAUUCUUCAUCACCUUCGUCAACACAGAGUUCAAUCACAACCGCCUUGUUCGUGCCCGCGGCCCUGAUGCUGUUAAGGGCCUCGAAGAUUUCCAGUUCAAAACCAUCCCAGAUGGCCUGCCAUUUUCCGACAAUGAUGCUACACAGGAUAUACCUUUACUUUCUCAGUCGAUGUCGAAAAAUUGUUUGGCCCCUUUUUUGGAACUCAUAAGGAACCUUAAUGAAUCAUCGAAUUGUCCGAAUGUUAGUUGCAUAGUUUCUGAUGGGGUCAUGAGUUUUACUUUGGAUGCUGCUGACCAGCUCAAUAUUCCUGAAGUGCUGUUUUACACGACAAGUGCUUGUGGGUUCAUGGGGUACCUUCACUAUGGCGAACUUGUUGCCAGAGGAUAUGUCCCUCUUAAAGAUGAAAGUUGCUUGACAAAUGGAUAUUUAGAGACUGAGAUUGAUUGGAUUCCAGGGAUGAAAGGCAUUAGACUAAAGGACAUUCCAACAUUUAUUCGAACCACUGAUCCUAAUGCUAUAAUGCUGAAAUACAACAUUGUUCAGCACGAAAACGCAUCAAGGGCUAAGGCCAUCAUUUUCAAUACAUUUGAUGAAUUGGAAGAUGAAGUUCUUGAGGCAAUUCGAGCCAAAUACGAUCAUGUUUACACUAUAGGUCCACUCCAGUUGCUCGGAAAAGAAAUUUACGAGCGAAAACUCAAAUCCAUUGGAUCAAACCUUUGGAAAGAAGACAUGGAAUGUUUAACUUGGCUUGAUCAGUGGGAAAACAAUUCUGUUCUUUACAUCAAUUUUGGAAGCAUCACGCCAUUGUCUCCUGAUCAAACAGUGGAAUUUGCUUGGGGUCUUGCUAAGAGCAAUCACCAUUUCUUGUGGAUCAUUAGGCCAGAUUUGAUGAAUGGGAAAGGAUCAAUUUUACCAGAAGGGUUCUUGGAGGAGACUAAAGGGAGAGGUUUAAUGGUGGGGUGGUGUCCACAGGAACAAGUUCUAGCGCACCCUGCAAUUGGUGGAUUCUUAACACAUUGUGGCUGGAAUUCAACGAUUGAAACUAUAUCAGAAGGGGUGCCAAUGGUUUGCUGGCCAUUUUUCGCCGAACAACAAACUAAUUGUCGAUACGCGUGCACGAAAUGGGACAUUGGAGUGGAGAUUGAAGGGGAUGUUAACAGAUUGAAAGUGGAGAAAAUGGUGAGGGUGAUGAUGGAGGGGGAAAAAGGGAUAGAAAUGAGGAAGAAGGCAUUGGAAUUGAAAGGGAAGGCUCAGUUGGCAGCUAAACCUGGAGGCUCUUCUUACUGCAACUUUGAGAAAUUGAUCCAUGAUACUCUUCUCAACAACCAAUAGUCGAACACAGUAUUGAAAGCAGAAACGAAUAGUACUAUCGACAUCACCGAACAAAGCUCGUCUUCUUCUCGUUAUUGUGCCAUUAGAGUGUGGUUUUUACUUUUUUUAGUCUUGCCUUCUGCUCUUUGUUUUUCACUUUUUUCACCCCCCGUUCAAUAAAUCCCUUGAUGUAAGCAAAAAUCUGUCUUAUUUUAAUUUUUUGUUGUUAUAUUGUAUAAAGUAGAAUUUGAACAACGAUUCUCGUGGAUAGUCCACCUACCACCUUCUGUCUGGAUACACGCUAGUAGUUGGUGGGUGUAAGGUGCGAAAGGAGAGAUGCUGUUACAAGUACACGAAGAAUCAAGAAGAAAGUUACAGAAAAUACACUUGAUGAG